GUUUAGUUUGUGUGUGGGUGUGUGUGUAAGUGUGUGCGUUAGAAAUCGGCGUGCUUGAUCUCUCUCCCUAUCUCUUUCUCUCUCCUUUUUCCUAACCAUUGCACAGUUUAUUGAUUGGAGUGAAUUAAUACAUGCCCAAGCAUAGAUAAAAUGGUUCGCAAUUACAAUAAUGCCUUGAUAUGCCGUGCGAGGGUAGCAUGUAAUUCGGGGUAGAUCUUAUAUUUCGGCGAUAGCUCUUUGUGAGGUAACUAACGUUCGGUCUGCUUUUUUGUGGCGGUUUUUAUGCAUGACUGACCAAAUGUAAAACCAGCGACAAUGAUACGCCACAACCAAGCCAAUGCUGUCGUCGCUCGUCGAAUCGAAGGAACAACAAUGAAUGGACCAUCUAAUAAAAUGACCCAUGAGACACAUAGGUUACCAGUGGUCGACCUUGGUUCUGUUGGAUCUGAUGAACCAUUAGACCUCAGCAAGCCGCUUGACCUGUCUAAAAAGAGCAACAAGUCCACUAUUCCUGCUGCACCACAGUCCUAUGUGUCUAACGGAACACCUCGUCAUGUCCAAUCUGAGGUACAACCAAUCAACCUUCACACUAACUUUAAUGGAAUGGACCAAACUAAAGUGCCUCCACUACGAUCGACAAAGUAUCCUCUACAAAGAGGAUUGGCGUACGUUCAGCCUCGGAAAGCACAGUUCUCUCGCAGUGGAGGAAGCGCAGAGGCAUCCGUUCCUGUUCCGCAAGCCAGCAAGGGUCAUCAAGCAAAGACCGGUGGCGCUGAUCGACAGGCCAUGAUGAAUUACGCAGCCAUGCAACAACGUGUUCGUACGGAGGCAGCUAACAUCGCAGCAUUGCAAGCUCAAGCUUCAAAUGCAGCACAGGAAGCUGUCAAACAGGCUAUGGCCCGACAUGCAGCAACUGCUGCAGCCAAGGCGAGGAAGGAAAUGGCGAAAUCGACGGUACCCACUGGUGAUGUCAACUGCCGAUCUCAUAAUACUAGCAGGAUGUUUGAUGCUCAUAGGAAGAGCCUGGACACAGCUCGUACAGCUUCUGUUAAACCUGUACAACGGAAGUUGUCACCUUCGGAUAUUCGGACAUUAGCCAUUGAGAGGCAGCUCGCUCAGUUAUCAGCAAUGCAGUCAGACCAAGAUCUACUACGCGCAUAUCGUCAAAUGAUGUCAUUACCGAAAGCAAGUUCUGAUGUUUUUGCUAAACAAAUACCUAAUCGUCUGCAGACUUGCACCUCGUCAAAAUCUUCCUCGACCCAUGAACCAUUAUUGCAGAAAAAACAUUCAGGGGCAACAGACGGAUUUAUGGGAAGGAAUCAUGAAGCCAAGCAAGCACAAUACACUCCUCAACAACAACAUAUUAUUGACUCCCACAUUGCUGCUGCAAGUAAACCAAGUGGAUUUGCUGCACAGGUUAGAGCUAGAGAGCAGGCGAUGAUCAAACAACAACAAGACUUGAUCAUGCGUCGGCAACGUCAGCUCAUGAAAGACGUUAAUAACAAUCGUCGACUGUUGGAUUACGCGAAGAACGAACGUGAUCGUAAAGAAAUGAUGGCUGAAUUUAACAAUAAACGUUUAGCCAAUCGGGCUAUCCACGAUGAGGAAGCUUUUGUAAAUAAGCUCGUCAGGCAAAGAGCAGUUCGCGCCCAUCCUAGUCCAGAAUAUUUAGAAGCUAUGGCUGCGUACAACGCAGCAAGGACAGGUCAAAGUCAAAAGCAUACCGUAAGAAAUAUUCCACACACGAUGUCUCCACCACCAAGGCAUGGUAUUUCUGUACCACAGGGUAACAAGAAACCCUCACCAUCUAUCUCCCCUCUUGAAGAUCGCAGUGCAGUCAGUACAUGCUCUCCACAUGCAGAAGUCAACUCUUUAUCAGAGAUGCGCCGAGCGAUUAAACGCCCUUCUUCCAGCCCACAUGAUGAACCAGUUCAGAGGAAAAUAAGAUCAACAUCCUCCGACACCAGAGCCGUCAAUGUUUUUCACAACGCUAUUGCUGAAGUCCAGAGAAGUGUCGCUGCACAACAGAUGCUUUACAAUUCCUAUAAAGGCGUGGCUGCAAAGAAACUGUCAAGUAUCCCUGUCAGAGAGCGUCUUCUGAUGGCCCGGAUGUCAGAACGUGAUCGUCAUGAACUCAUGGUUGCACAGAUGAUGGAAGAGCGGGCAAUACGAUCAUUAAAGUCAGAUUCUCGCUUGGGACAUAAGAGAAUGCAGAGCAAUAUCUCACCAUCCGUAGAAGAUGCAUCACCGCACAGUGCAAGACAAUCUCGCGAAAACAUGGCAAAAUCUACGGACAAUGUUACCUUGAGUAAUAACUUUCCCAGCUUGUCGCAAAAUAGAUUGCCCCAAAACGACGUUUCACAACAGUCAGUCAUGAACGAAAAUGUAACUGCCGACUAUUCACGCAAGCCUCAUUUCGCUAAACAAAAUGGUGAAGCGGCAGGACAACCUGAAGCGAAAAGAAGUAGUCGACUUCCAUCCUAUGACGAUGCGAUUGCUGCCCAAAUGUCACUUUCAUCAGCAGAAAAGAAAGUUACUCCUGAUGUGAUGUCUACUGUAGCCCGUCAGCUGGUUUCUUCAAGUCAGGACUGGUUCAAAAAUUAUCUCUCUCGAGAAAUGGAACUUCAAGAAAAUAAUGUCCUCCAGUCGGAUAAAACACAAAAUAAGAUAGCGUCUGCUGAUCACAAUCUGUGUUCGAAAAACAAUUCUACUAGUGACCGGUUGACAAUGACCCCUGUAGUAGACUUGACUGGGAAUUCAAAGAAAGAACACAAGUCCGUGAGCGAACCAGCAGAAAACGUUGAAGAAAGGAAGUGCUUACCGGUCAAGGAGACAAGGAAACCAUCCCCCACACUUCCAGUCACUCCACCUAUCCUUGAUGCUCUCGGCUUAGGUGGGCGUUUGCCACCUGGAGAGAACUCAAAGGAGGAAGACCCAGACUUGAAAUCUGCCAUUGACGUUAAGAGGUCGUUUGGGAAACCUUUCUCUGAUGUCUAUCUUACACAGUCAUUCCAAACAGCAGAUAUAAAACCGAUUUCUUCUAAACCCAAACCAAAACGCAAGGUGAAGCCACUGACACCUGAAAAAACAGUCGAGGUUUCGAGGGAAAACGGAAAUGCGGGUGAAGAGCAAAAGAAUUCAGAUGCACCGUCUGAUGUCAAGAACGAAGUUGAAGGAAGUCAGAAGGUGAAUGAUCUGAUGCAAGCUGAUACAGCAUCGCUUGGAAGCAAGGAACGUGCUUUACAGCGAGCCAUCAUUAGAUUCAACGAAUCAGAAAAACAGGUCUCGGGUGGCGACAAAACAGAGAAGACACCAGGUCCAGAGGAAAAUGGCAAAACUAGUCCUCGAUUAAAACAAGUGCAGCGGAGAAAGAGACGAAAGCUAAGCAAGUUCAGAAGGCGAAUACGACUACAGCGAUCAGUGUCAAAUGUUCCAGUUCUUCAGAGUGGUAAGAAGAGGGGUCGGCCUCGUAGGUCAUCCUUGCCACUAUCUUCAGACAUGGCAGCAAUGAUGAGGUCAAGAUUUCAAGACUUUAUUCCUACUAUCUUAGAAAGACGAACGAGAAAUUCUGGAUCAGGUCGAAUAAGGAAUUAUCGAUCGAUGUACGAUGCCCGUAACAUUCGUUACGAACUGGAGAUCGAGAAGGAACAUGCAAAAGUGAUGGAGAGACGGCGUCGACUUCGAGAGUGCAACAAUAUGGAGAAUGUCAGCGCUACGGAGACAGAUGACACCGCACAGGAUGAAGACUACGUACCUCAGACGAAGAAACCACGUGGUCGCCCAAGAUCCAAAUCUAAAGACGAGAACACUCCAACCACUUCAAAGACUUCAAUGCAAAGUAGUCCAGGACCACCGCAAGACGAAGAAACAACAGAAACAGGCCUUGAAAAAGCAUCGGACAGUCCGAACAAACCACUGCGAGUCGUUCUAGACCAGAACACACCCAACCAUAUUAAACUGAAGUUCGUCAAUCUUCGCAGUAUAAGCACCAACGAGAAACAGGAAGAGGAGGAAGAGAUGCCUCCAUCCCGGCCACGCCGGCGGGGAAGACCACGCAAGUCCGCCCGGAAGUGUAAGCGUAAGACAAAAAAUCUCGGCCCGCCGAAAUCCCCGGAACCACCUAAGCUUGAGAUCAUGUCGCCAUGCGAAGACAAAGAAAAUGAAAGCGACUACGAAGAUUUUGUUCAGGAUCCCGACUAUGAUGUGAUUAACCCGGAAGUGACAUUGCCAGAGUACGCAAGGGUAAUCAGACCGGAUCCUCCUCAAGAAAUGAAACGCUUCCCACUCAAUAAGAAACUAGGAGAGACUGUCCUUCAUCGAGCUGCAUCGCAAGGAAAUAUGGAAAUACUUUCGUAUUGCAUCGACUACCGGGUCGUUGACGUGAAUGUUCGUGACAAUGCAGGUUACACAGCACUACAUGAAAGCUGUGUGGAAGGCCACAUUGACAUCGCUCAAUAUCUUCUCAGCCACGGGUCCGAUGUCAACGCCAGUGCUGCAGAUGGUACAAGGCCCGUCCACGACGCUGUUGAUAAUGAUCGAGUAGAGCUAGUCAGACUUCUGUUAGCGUAUGGUGCUGAUCCCUUCCUUGCCACAAACACAGGGCGUCAGGUUACCAAGUUAGCCCUCAACAAGAGCAGCGAAAUGAAGACAUUAAUAUUCGGAUAUUUGCAGGAUGUCAAUGGCGACAGGUCAAAGGUCGAAGACGCUCCGCAACACGCUCUUGAUUACCAAUGGAGUUUCAACGGAUCAUGCAGUGUAUUCGAUUCGAACAGCAGUUCUGAGACAUACAUCUUCGCUGACGUCCCUGGACCUGAGGAAAUCAAGAAACCGGAGAGUGGUGACGAAGAUGAAGGAGUAUUCUUUGAAAUGAGUGAUAAACCCAUCCUACCAUCUUACAAUAUUCGCAUGGACAAUGAUGAUAAAUUCCGAAAUUGGCUGCUGUUCUCUGACGUUUCAGAGCGACUAUCCGUGACAAAAGAAGAGCUUCUGAACACGUAUCCCGAUCUGGAGCCUGUCUCACUCUCGGAGUGUCAGUUCCGCCAAGCAGCUCAAGAAUCUCAAAUCAUGAAGUCGACACUAAAGAGAAGCAGAGAGGAUGACAGCAUUGUUGACCCGGAAGUGAAAGGUGAAGAUGUUGUAUUACUCGAGUUGAAUGAUAGCCUCAGGAACAUUCUUGGUAUGGAAUUGAAAUACGUGAGAUGAUACCAAAACAAACAUAUCGACAAGACUAGGGACUUGUUUGUGCAAGGAGCAACGUAGGAUGUAUGCAAGGUCAGAGACGGAACUCCCUACAAAGAGUACAGGAGUAUUAUUGAAAUGCCACGUAUGACUUGCUUUGGAAGCACCACAGUCUCCAGUGCCGGUUUAUGUUUUAGAACAUGGAACAAUCUCUCUUAGAAAUCGCUACAUUUUGAUAAUCUGAAAAAGUACUUUGAUUAUCCAUUGCCAAAGUACUUAUGAAAGUGAGAUGGGUGCUAAUGAUUUGAAUUCUUCAUGUCGGAUCCCUGUGGGUUUCCGUCAUGGCCGUAUCCUGAAAGUGUAAUCAUCGGUACCUGAUUGCAAAUUGUAAUAAUGUAAUAAUCAUUAUUGGUAGUUAAGCAAUAACUAAACUUAGAUUACAUACGCUGCACUGAUUACAUAUCAUAAUGUUCAUAUUCCGCUUUUAUAAAGUGUUUAAUAAAUCUGACCGACGGAGUAAACAGAAGUUAAUUGAGUUAUCGUUUAGCAGUUGAUAAAAUGCUAAUGACCGACUUUAAUUUAAGCACAGUUAACUUGAUAUUACAAAUUGUUAGUUUCUUGAUAUUUCAAGCAUACCAAUAAAGGCUUCAUUCCCGGAAGGAAACCGCCUUUCAAGCAAAGUGAAAGUGAAUAAAAUCUGCUGGCUUGCCAUAAUUAUGAAAGCUGCCUGUUUUAUAAACAUGUAUGACUGAUGAUUACAGCGAUGAUGAUUUAUUCUAAAUCAUUUUGCAUUUGAAUUCAUUUUGCAUUUAGGUUUAUGUUUUGGGGCCUCUUUUCUAGCACUAGAAAGUACUUGCAUUAGCUUCUGGUUAACUUCUUCGUAAUCUCCAAUGCAAUAUGCUUGGAUCUAUUAGAAGUAUGUUGUACAGCACAGUGAGGGAUGUAAUUGAUGACAUAUACAUUUUAUUAAAUAUGUACAUAUAUCCAAGGUCACUGGGUCAUGCUCAUAAUUUAUGAUGUAUCAUUAUAAAUACUGUAUGGAAUAACUCUACAUACAAGUUUCAACUAAAGCGUAAGGUUUGCGAUUUUUUGUGCUGAAUUAAGUCGUUGGCUCAUUGUUUAGCCUCUGUUGGUAUUACGGGAUACCAUUUGAGUUGUUCUCUUCACAUGAAGUUGUACUUCAUAUUGUACUGUAUAAUGGACUACUGUAUUCAUAAACGAGGUCAAUUCUAUUUAAAUAUUGCGUUGUAUAUCAUUUAUUGCUGUCGUUCACUUGUAAAAGGUGUGUUCGUUGAUGAAUUUGUUUUUAAGUUUAAAGUGUAGCUUAAAUACGAGUCAACAUGAAAUGAUAAAUGUGAUACUUUAUACUGCCAUCGACGUAUCAAAAAUCAGUUAAAGGAGGAGUCAUGAUACCAUAGCAACCUCGACCCCCUGCCCCCCUCUCUCUCUCUCUCUCUGUCUUCACCUACAAAGAAGCAAAUUUCAUUUCAUGUUCAUAUGUGAAGGCACCUAUAGAUGUAUUUCAUGUAAAUUCCUGCACAUAUUAAAUGGAAAACCUAUUACCAGUCCUGCAGUAUUUGCGAUUGGUUACUUAAUAAGCUCAUAUUAAUCCUGGAUCGCUAAUGAAGACGAGUAUUUAAAUUGCAUCCAAAUUCAUUUUUGUCGUACUUUCUCCAUUUUCGGUGGCAGCGGUGGGAUAACGUCCCAUGUCAUCAAAAUAGCCAACACUGUAUAAUCAUAAUACUGGCGCAAUUAUACUCUUAUAAUUUUAUGGUGCGUUUCCUCGUUGUAUUGUUAGAUGUAAAUGUUCGUUGUACAUCAUACGUUUUAUUUAUUUACGUCUUCCUAUUACAACCUGUUACUCAAUAAAUGGUUGACUCGUUUCCAAGA